CAUCACUCAUGCUUUCUUAGCAAAGUUCUCGACGUCUUUUUAGACGUCGUUUUUGGGAAGGCGAUGACUCAACUAUUUCUCAUAUACUGUAUCCAGAUCGCAGGUUCUUCUUGUCCAGCGUGCACAUCUGCGUUUCCGAGGACCGCCAUGUCCUCCGACCUGGUCGACUUCCAAGAUGAGCUUGGAGGGGAUGAUUCUCCCAGUAACGCCUUGGACCAGCUCAAACUGGUGCAAGACAAGCAGUGGCCUGCCGAUGACUCUGUCGCCAUGAGCAAGUCUGUGACGGACCUGAAGCAGCUGGGGGAGGGAACGCACCUGUCCUGGGACGACCCGUUCUACGACAUUGCCAGGCAUCACAUCGUGGAGGUGGCAGGUGAUGAUAAUUUCGGCAGGAAGGUGAUCGUGUUCAACGCCUGUAGGAUGCCUCCACACCACCAGCUAGACCAUCAUAAACUUCUGAUGUAUCUGAAACAGACUCUGGAUAAGUACGUGGAGAGUGAUUACACUGUCAUCUACUUCCACCAUGGGCUGACCAGCGAGAACAAGCCGUCCUUUGGCUGGUUACGGGACGCCUACCGAGAGUUUGACCGCAAAUACAAGAAGAACAUUAAAGCUCUCUACAUCGUUCACCCCACCAUGUUCAUCAGGACCCUGCUAAUUCUCUUCAAACCCCUCAUCAGUUUCAAGUUUGGACGGAAGAUAAACUAUGUAAACUACCUGAGUGAGCUGGAGGAAGUUGUGAAGUGUGAGCAGCUGGUCAUUCCCAGCCGAGUACAAGAAUAUGAUAAUAAGAUUCGCUCGUCCCUGAAGCCUGCAGCUCAGGUCGCAGCAUCACCCCCCCGCAGCCUCCCCCUGCCCCACCAGCAGUUUGGGGUUCCUCUGUCAACACUGAAAGAGAGAGAUGCAAAUUCAGAGGAUGUUCCACUGGUCAUGCGAGACACAGUCGGCUUUCUGCGGGAACAUGGUCUCCAGACGGAGGGAAUAUUCCGGCGUUCUGCCAACGUGUCUCUGGUCAAGACGACCCUGCAGAAGUAUAACUCAGGUGAAGAGGUGAACUUCGCCCAGCUGGAGGACGUGCACUUGGCUGCCGUGAUCCUCAAAGCCUUCCUCAGAGAGCUGCCCGAGCCGCUCCUCACCUACAAGCUCUACAACGAGAUCAUCAACUUCCAGGGUGUGCCAGCGGACUCCCAGGUGACGGCGUUGCGGGACAUGCUCGCCGUGCUACCGAAGGAGAACUACGCCUCACUCAAGUUUCUCAUCCAGUUCUUGGCCGAGGUCUCUGCUAACAGUGAGGUGAACAAGAUGAACAGCGCCAACCUGGCCGUGGUGUUUGGGCCGAACCUGCUGUGGGCCCAGGACAGCGCCCUGUCUCUCAGUGCCAUCGGACCCAUCAACAACUUCACCAGAACCCUGCUGGAUCUGCACCAGGACGUCUUCGGCCCGUAAAGCCGGGGAGGGGCGUCCCCGACCCGCCAGCCCAUCAUCAGUGUAUCCGUGUCCCUCGGCCCCCCUGUCGUGUCCCAAAGUGCAUGGUUGUGUCAUAGUGUUGAGGUCACACUGAGAGUGGAUGGCUAACGCAGGGUUUGGUCCAGAUGUACGGUUUAAGAGACCAUUUCUUUCGCUCUGUUUUCCUAAAGACAGAUACUGAGGGGAGGCGGCAUUUUUCCUUGCCUUUUAUUUUUGGUUUGUUUUGGUUUAUGUUGAUUUCUUUUUUACCCCCCCCACCCC